AAGUUAUGAUUUAUUUACAAAUAUUUUUAAGUGUUUAUGGUGACAAUAUCGUGCGCGUCACCGCAUAUCAAUACACUUUAAUAAUCACGUCGCGUUUUUACAUCCACUGACUCGUUCGUGCUUGUGAAUCGAUUCUCCGCUUCCAAAGAGUCGAUUCUCAGGGAAACUGAAUCUCCCAAAAGUCGUCACCCGGCCCUCUCUCUCUUUCGCUCUCUCUCUCUCCUUUCCGCUAUGGUGACAGAUGGAGAAGGAGAGAGCGCGCGCGCGCGUGCGAAGCUCGAGGUGCCGAGACUCCUUCGUCAUCGUCGUCAUCACCAUCGUUACACGCGUGUCGGUACUUUUUUUUUGCAGUGUGACGAUGCGAAGCAGUGCGCGCAUUAACGGGAGUACCGGAUAAACACCAGAGAUGGGAACCCUCUACCAGCGCGUGCACGGACUCGGUUAUAGCUGACUAAACACACUGCCGCGCGACCAUGACCACCGGAGCGCGCGCCAACUCAUCACCGGCGGUGGCGGCGCACGCGGAGGGCGACGAGAUCGAAGUGUUAGAGAGCGGAGAGACCGAAACCGGAUCUCACCCGGACACACAGUGGAAAUCUCUGUUUGAUAAGUAUGACCCAGAAAGUUCGGGCUUCAUCAGCGCCGAACGUUUGCGUGACCUUCUCGAGACGCAUGGCUCUGAACUCGACACACACAAGCUGGAGGUUCUGCUGGCACUGGCUAACGGGAACGCUGAGGGAAAAGUCCGAUAUCAGGAUUUCAUGAACCUGAUGAGUAAUAAGCGGUCAAACAGUUUCCGGAGGGCGAUCCAGCAGGGAGGGAGGCAGCUGAAGAGCUCCAGCCUGAGGGAGGAGGUGGGACUCGGUUUGUCUCAGAGACUCGUCCGACACGUAGCGUACGAGACGCUGCCCCGGGAAGUGGACCGCAAGUGGUACUUCGACAGCUACACCUACUGUCCUCCACCCUGGCUCAUCCUGACCAUCACCAUCGCAGAGAUGGCGGUGUUUGUGUAUUAUGGGCUCCUGCUGGACCGCUGGGUUCUGCAGGUUUCGUCUCCGUCCUUCCUGAAGAGCCCUCUGCCCUACCACCCUCAGCGUAGAGCACAGGCCUGCCGCUACUUCAGCUACAUCUUCAUGCACGCUGGAAUCGAGCACCUGGGCCUAAACAUGGCCAUGCAGCUGCUGGUUGGUGUUCCUCUGGAGAUGGUUCACGGAGCCGCCAGGAUCGGCCUCAUCUACGUGUGCGGUGUUCUUGCAGGUUCUCUGGCCGUAUCUGUGAUAGACAUGACUGCCCCUGUAGUCGGAUCAUCAGGAGGAGUUUACGCCCUCGUCUCCGCCCACCUUGCCAACGUUGUCAUGAACUGGUCGGGGAUGAAGUGUCAGUUUAAGUUGUUCCGGAUGGCGAUGGCACUGGUGUGCAUGAGUGUGGAGUUCGGCCGUGCUGUGUGGUUGAGGUUUUACCCCCCUGCCGUGCCCCCGUGCCCCAACCCGAGUUUCUGUGCCCACCUGGGUGGGGUGGCGGUGGGCCUGACACUGGGUGUGGUCGUGCUGCAGAACUACGAGCAGCGGCUGCAUGAGCAGUUCCUCUUCUGGAUCUUCAUGAGCGUCUAUGGCCUCUUCGUCCUCUUCGGGAUCUUCUGGAACGUCUUCGCUUAUAGCCUGCUGGACGUCAAACUCCCGCCAGCACCAUGAACAGCUGCCUAAACUGCUUCAUCAUCAUUGCUGUGUGCCGUCCAAGAAAAAGAAGAGAUGCAGCAGAACAGAAUGUGAAAGCGAAGGAAAAAGCAAAAAAAAAAAAAUGAAGUGACAAACACAGAGUAAUCUAAUCCAAAUACAUUAAAGGGACAGUGAGCUAAGCUAAUCCUGCUAAUGUGGCUAACAGUGAAAUAGCACUAAAAUGGUAAACCAAGAAUUAAUUAGCAAUGAUCGGUGGGAAAAUCAUUGAUGAUUUUGGAAAUAAUAUGAACUGGAUAAUUAGAGGUUCUUUUGGGCCUGUUAAGGACAAAAGUCUGGUAUGAACACUACUUAAUAAUUAGCAGAGGGCGGACUCAAGUGGGGUUUAGAGACUAUCGCCCCGCCCACUUGUAGCAUUUGUGUUUCACUUCUCGAUUUUAUGCUAAUUAAUUAUGACGUGAUCUAACAGUUUAAUCUUUAAGUAGAAUUUAAACAUUUUAAUCAAAUGUUAUUUAUUAAACUAUACAGUGUACUGUAUGCUAUUUGGCCGCUAGAGUUUUUUUUUUAAUCGUGACUAAAAACUAGCUUUAUAUACCACACCCACAAGCGACAAACCAGAAGCAACAUCAGAGACUUGUGAUGUGUACGACUAUAAAUCUCAUAACCUUUACAGUUUCUACAAAUUUCAAUAAAGCACACGCUUAGGAAGCUAUCAUAAGAGUUUGGGUCAUGAUGUCAUAUCAAAAUGGCUGCUCAAUGUUAUGUCAGUAGUAACAAUUGCUAAAACAAAAACACAUGGUUGUUUUUCCCGACUUUGGAGGUCGAAAUUUGCAUAAUUCGGUAUCUUCAGAGAGUCGAAUACAACAUUGUUAAUUGCUAGCGGAAAUGUAGCUAAUAUUAACAUAAUGUUAUACCAGUAUAGAUGAUUUUAUUUGAAAUUGGGAAUAAUAUCUCAUUUAUUCUAAUAGUUUUCAUCAUACUGGUUCAUAUAUUUAUCACAGUAUGGUGUUAUUAUAUCGUUAGAAUCCGUAUUAUGAUUAGCAUAGUGGGUCCAUCAUGCUAACUACUAUCUGUUGACCUUUAUUCACUGUUAGCUCAUUAGCAUGUUUGAAUUAAAGAUCAUAGUGCUGCUAUCAGUUUUGAGAGUUUUGCCUGUUAGCCCUCAGCUGGACGCUUUCUGAUUUCUGAACUGAAUGCAAAACUGUCCUGAGAUCAGACAGUAAACUUGCGCUGAUUUUUGCUCAGCGUUCCUUCGUUCACAUUUAAAUACAGUUAGCUGGUGUUUCUAGCGGACGUUAUAUUUUUAUAAGUGAUAACAGCCUGAUGAGAGAGGAGAAAGUGCUGAUUUUUCUUAACAUUGCCAAAAAUUAUGAAUCAUCUCCUCCUCAGCUCGUCACAGUUUACACCUCGUUCUAAUAAGCGGAUGUUAGUUUUAAAGAAAUCCGUUGUUUGUUUGCGUUACUGAUGCUAUUUACCAGCAGCACACUGGAUUAAAAGAAAUAUUUAAAUAUAAAAUGUAAUAUGGCAUGAAAUAAACAUGUAUUUAUAGCUGUAGCUUUGUGUUGGACACUGGACUAAUCGGUCAUGUGUGUGUAUGAUGAUGCUAAUGAAGUGUGUGUGUGUUUAUCUAUAGACGGUGCUAGUGUACAUAUGAACUGAAUGUUUCCAUUAGGCGUGUGCCGAUAUUUUACUUUCAUAGUGUGAUAAUCACGGUUUACAAUAUUAUCCUGGUAUUGUAUCAAAGAGAAAUGCUUCAGAUUUGCCCAAAAUAAAAGUUCCAUUUGAUCAGCCAAUCAGAAAUAAGAAUUGGUAUUAUAUGACAUUGAUAUUAGCGUUUCUUUUAACAAGUAGCUUAGCUAACAUUAGUGCGAUGCUAGUAUUUUUUGCAAAGCCACACAGGGAGCUGAAAGAAAUGAAAAGAAAGUCUUAUGGUGAUCAAAUUUGCAGUUGGCUAAUCACAUUUUGACCUGCUAACUGAUUAUCGGCACACGCCUAGCGUCGAGUUUAGUGACUGUUCUAAAAUCAGCUCAUUUUUGGUCUAUGCACAAAAGUUCAGCACGGCAGCAAGAUAAAACCGAUACCAGAUAAAUUAUAACAGUGUUGUACAGUUCGGACAUGGCUAAUGGCUAAUAACGCAUGACCUGAACUAUUUAACACUCUGAUACAGCGAGUUCUGACCUCCUGCUACACAGCUGUCUCUCUUCACAACACAAAUCCAGCAUUUUAAUUGUUUAACAUAAAUGUUUAAGGUAUUUUCUUUUUUCAAAAAUGCCAGUCAAGUGUGUUAGUCGCUAAGCUGUGACCUGAGGCUGUGCGGCUAACGCAGAGCUAAUAGCUCACUCAAAAUAUUUUACCGUGUUCAUAUUUUGUAGAUUUGGUAUGUAAAUAUGGGAAUCAUUAAACAGUUUUAUGACUGAAACGGAAAAAAGGGUUCCUGGGAUUUUUAUUUUGUGUGUGUGAACCUGAUUAGCUAGCAAACAUGACACUGCAAAAAAAAAAAAAAGGAAAUCAGUACUAAGUAUGUGCAGUACAUAUAUACACACAGCCUUUGGAUUUAUUUAUUUAUUUAUUUAUGUAUUUAUUUUCUUAUUUAUUUAUUUGUUCGUUUAUUUAUAAGGAAUUUGCCAUUGGUGUCAGAUUAAACAUUUAUCAAUUUUUUAAAAAAUUGGAAUUCAUUUUAGAUGUACUUAAGACAAUCUAUUUUCAAUACAUUAUUGUUUAGUUAAAAUGAGUCUACCGUUAUAUUGUAUAUUAAUGAUAAACCGUUAUAUAUUUU